CCAGAACUUCUUUACCACACUUUUCUUCGAACUCCUGCAAACUACCCCGCUGGUUCGGUCAAAGUCCCCUAAGAAAAAAUGUCUCGCUCCUCUGUCUCUCUCCUCCGCAAGCUGGUCGUGGCCCUUGUCCUGGUCCUCGCCAUCGUUGCCUCGGCCAACGCCAAGAAGUCCAACCCCAAGGGCUGCUCCAAGCGCUCUCGCGAUCGCCGCCAGGACUUCCUCCGGGACCGCUGUGUCUCCCUCGCCCAGCAGUGCGACGAGGACUGCUUCCGCGGCCUGUACGACAUGAUGAACUGCAACGUCGUCGGCACUCAGACCUCCAGCAACACCUGUCUCGAGGGCAUGACCCGCCUGCAGACCAACUGCCAGCAGUUCAACUCGGCCAGCUUCGGUGCCACCGUCACUCUCGGCAGCGGCAACUACCUCUGCAACAGUGCCUCCUCCAACGGCUUCAGCAUGGCUGCCAUGUCGGUGGCCGCCGCCGCCGCCGCCUUCGGCGCUGCCCUCCUGUAA